AUGUCCAACUCUUCACAAGCAGGCGUCGCAUCGUCCGCGCAACAAGAUACGGCAGCAUCGUCAGCUCAACGUACAAAGGAAGCAAGAGAUGCUUUCACAGCCUCGUUGAAAUCGGAGGGUGCUAUAAUCGAUGCUGAAUUGCAAGCACGAGCGAAGAACAUCCAUGCCAACUCCAAGGCACUAACGAAACAGGAAGAGGACUUACGGAAACAGACCAAGGCUUUGUCGAAAGAGAGCGAUUCCCUUCAGAAAUUGGUUGACAAGACGAAGAAGGAAUUUGAAGGUCUCGGUGAUCUGGAUGCUUUGAUGGCAGACCUGGAUGCUGACCUUGCUAUGAUUGAGGAGACGAUUCGAAUAGCUGAAAACAGCGACGAAGAGGAGGAAGGUGAGGGUCAGCAGCCUGAAGUUCUUGCUACCUCCAACACUCCACGAUCUGGAACAUGA